AUGCGUGAAGUCAUCUCCAUCCACAUCGGCCAGGCCGGAAUCCAGGUGGGAAACGCCUGCUGGGAGCUGUACUGCCUGGAGCACGGCAUCCAGCCUGAUGGCCAGAUGCCCAGCGACAAGACCAUUGGCGGAGGCGAUGACGCCUUCAACACCUUCUUCUCGGAGACUGGUGCCGGCAAGCACGUCCCUCGCUGCGUGUUCCUCGACCUCGAGCCCACUGUGAUCGACGAGGUCCGCACCGGCACCUACCGCCAGCUGUUCCACCCGGAGCAGCUCAUCAGCGGCAAGGAGGAUGCCGCCAACAAUUUUGCCCGUGGCCACUACACCAUCGGCAAGGAGAUCGUUGACCUCUGCCUGGACCGCAUCCGCAAGCUGGCAGACAACUGCACCGGCCUGCAGGGCUUCCUGGUGUUCAACGCUGUGGGUGGCGGCACUGGUUCUGGCCUGGGCUCCCUGCUGCUGGAGCGCCUCUCCGUCGACUACGGCAAGAAGUCCAAGCUGGGCUUCACUGUGUACCCCUCCCCCCAGGUGUCCACGGCCGUCGUCGAGCCGUAUAACUCUGUGCUGUCCACACACUCCCUGCUGGAGCACACUGACGUCGCCGUUAUGCUGGACAAUGAGGCCGUUUAUGACAUCUGCCGCCGCUCCCUAGACAUUGAGCGCCCCACCUACACCAACCUCAACAGGCUGAUCGCCCAGGUCAUCUCCUCGCUGACGGCCUCCCUGCGCUUCGACGGUGCCCUUAACGUGGACGUCACCGAAUUCCAGACCAACCUGGUGCCCUACCCGCGCAUCCACUUCAUGCUCUCCUCCUACUCCCCGGUCAUCUCCGCGGAGAAGGCCUACCACGAGCAGCUUUCCGUGGCCGAAAUCACCAACUCUGCCUUCGAGCCCGCCUCCAUGAUGGCCAAGUGCGACCCCCGCCACGGCAAGUACAUGGCGUGCUGCCUGAUGUACCGUGGAGACGUGGUGCCCAAGGACGUGAACGCAGCUGUGGCCACCAUCAAGACCAAGCGCACGAUCCAGUUUGUGGACUGGUGCCCCACCGGCUUCAAGUGCGGCAUCAACUACCAGCCGCCCACCGUCGUGCCCGGCGGCGACCUCGCUAAGGUCCAGCGCGCCGUCUGCAUGAUCUCCAACUCCACCGCCAUCGCUGAGGUGUUCUCCCGCCUGGACCACAAGUUUGACCUGAUGUACGCCAAGCGCGCGUUUGUGCACUGGUACGUGGGUGAGGGCAUGGAGGAGGGUGAGUUCUCCGAGGCCCGUGAGGACCUGGCUGCCCUGGAGAAGGACUACGAGGAGGUCGGCGCUGAGUCUGCUGAGGGCGAUGGCGAGGAGGAGGGCGAGGAGUACUAG